AUGCCUGAGACCAUGGCUUCUAAUCGCGCUGAGCGAACCCAAGAGAAGAGUCAGAAUGACGACCUUACUUCUGGAUCUAUAUCCAACAAUAUCGAACUUGAGGCCGCUGACGGAGGAGCGGAGGCCGCCGACCCGAGUGCAGAAUUCAAGCCAGAUAGAAGAUUUUGGCUGGCCUUGGCACCCAUCCUUGUUCUUGCAGCAAUGGUGUCGCUAGACGGAACUGCCGUGACGGUAGCUUUACCUAUUAUGGCAAAUGAUCUUGGGGGCACGGCGAUCGAGGCGUUCUGGACCGGUACAAGCUUCCUUCUCAGCUCGGCAGUACUUCAGCUGCCGACAGCGUCGUGGUCAGGCAUAUUUGGCCGUAUGCCAGUACUCGUUGCAUGUUCUUUCCUCUUCCUGAUCGGCGUCAUCGUCGCCUCCGUUGCCAAGGACUUCGGCACAGUCUUCGCCGGUCGCGUCAUUCAGGGGGUGGGUGGCGGUGGCAUCAUCCUGCUCAACGACAUCGUCGUCACCGAUCUUGUGCCAAUGAGACAACGCGGAAAGUACUUUGGAAUAGUAGGGGGCGUCUGGGCGUUUGGGAGUGUGUGCGGCCCCGUUAUCGGCGGCGCCCUUGCCUAUGAGGCGAGUUGGAGGGGCAUCUUCUGGAUGCUUAUUCCGUUUGCCGCGAUUGUCCUGGUCUUGAUCCCCAUAUUCUUGCGUCUUUCGAAACCACCGGGGUCUGUCAUUGAUAAGCUGAGGCAGUUCGAUUGGCUUGGGAGCCUUGUCUUCGUUGGCGCCGCCACCUGCACGCUUAUGCCAUUGACUUGGGGUGGUGUCCAGUAUGAGUGGGAUCAAUGGCAGACGCUUUUCCCUUUGUUGCUUGGCAUUGCCGUAUUGUUCGCGUUCGGCAUUUAUGAAUCAUACGUCCCAAAAGAGCCAAUUAUAACGAUGAGUCUUCUGAGGAGCUACGAGAUGCUCUACAGCUUGUUGUCGGGUAUCAUCAACGCUGCCAUUGUCUACGGCUCGCUGUACUUCCUCCCCUUGUACUUCGAGGCUGUUCAGGGCUAUAGCCCCAUCAUCUCCGGCGUUGCUCUAUUCCCCGCCACAUUCACUCUGGCACCCAUGUCAAUGGUAGCGGGGACAGUUAUAUCCAAGCGUGGUGAGUAUCGCUGGGUCACUUGGUUUGGCUGGAUCCUGAGCACUAUUGGACUGGGGGUCAUGACAUUGUUGGAUGUAGAUACCACUAUUGCCGAAUGGUUCUUCCUGACCAUCUUCAUGGGAAUCGGCCAGGGGCUACUCUACACCUCCCUGGCCAUCAUCAAUCAGGCUGCAGCGCCGGACAAGCUCAUGUCACAUGCUAUAUCCAUGUUCAUUUUCUCACGAAUGCUGGGUCAGGCAUUGGGCGUAGCCCUUUCUGGACUCAUAUUCCAGAACCAAAUGAGAUCCAACCUGCUCGCCACUACGACCUUGGCUGACAAGGCGGUUGAGUAUAGCCGAGACGCCAGCUCGAUUGUAUCAUUUCUCCACGACAUGCCUGAUGAUAUGAAGAAGAAGGAGCUGGUACAGGCUUAUGCAGAUUCCUUGAAGAUUGUGUGGGCCGUUAUGUGUGCGCUCAGUGGAGCAGCCAUGAUUGGGAGCUUCUUUGUCAAGCAUAUCAGUCUCGACAGGGAACACGAAACUGAACAAGGCAUUCACCAAGAGGGGAGUGAUGAAUAA